AUGCUGGUAUCUCCAGUGGUGACUCGUUCCCCGAGCUACCCAGUGGAUGCCUUGGUCAUGAACACUUACAAAUCUGCCAUUUGGAACAUUUUCCGAGAGCAACAGAAUUCCCAAUCGACAAGCCUAGUGUGGGACCAAAUCUGGCAACCUAACUGUAAGAGCUUGAUCCGGCAUGUCAAGAGUCGGAGGAAAGUAAUUGCCAGACAGAACUAUGAAGAAAAAAUGGACACCUCCUUCACUUUUUUCAAAGGAGCAAACAAAGACACUGUCCUCAAGGAGGCAAUGUGGGAACAAGGACAAGAUGCAUCUAACUUGAGAGCUGCACUGCCUUCAAUCAGACACCGCUUCACGUUUUUAUUUAGCACAAUGGGGAUUCUACGCGGUGAAUCUAUUUUUUCCGUGGAAUUCAAUAAGAUGCCGACUGCGGCAAUGAGGGCGGCCGCUGAUUUUAUUGACGGCGAUGGGGUGUUUUUUUGCCCAAGAAGUCAAGUCAAUCCUCCACAGGAGUUACUCAACAAGAUCUUUCCGUUUGUGGACGAACAGCUGGCACGAGUGAAUGCCGCGAUUCAAGGGGAGGAUGGACGCGACAAAUCAGGUGUCUAUUUGGGUUCUGCAAAGUGCUUUUUGGAGAUGCUGGUCAGGCUAAGAACGAUCAUCCUCCAGGAUGCCGCGGCAAUUAUUGCAUUGCAUCCAGUGAGACGAUCCCAUGCCAUGUUCAAUUCCUUUUCUGACAUCUUCCGGACUCCAGAGUCUAUUGCUUACACUGCAGAGAUGAGGUCUCAAUUGGGUGCAGCACAGGCCCCAAUGGACUACAAUAUCCAGGCGGCCCUUCCUGGGGUCCACGCCAGAAUGACGUCUCACGAGGAGGCAACGCGACAAAUCGCACAGCAGGUCAGUGUUUUGCCAGGAUUGGUACAGCGGGUCAAUGCUCUGCCACAGUUGGAGGAUUUUGAGGCUCUUAUAGGACGUGCAUUGAUGAGAGCCGCUUUGGCUUUCAAAAGUCCUCCGCCUUGGGACAAUCCACAUCCAGCUACAAAUAUUUUUAAUGUUGCUACGAACGCUGCAACUAGUACUGCCAACAAUGAGCCACGAAUCAAUCGGAUUCAUCAUCGACUCAUAAGCACACACGACAAUAUACGAAGUAUCUAUGACGAAUGGUUUGGUCUUGGUCAAUUUGAAGAGGUUCCAAUUUCUGGAGGGAUAGCCGAAUGUGAGAAGAAGUUUGGAGCGAAGUGGAGGAACAAGAACUCGCCUUUUGCGUGGAAAAGUGAUCAACAAUCGCUUUUCUCACUGCACGUUGUUUUACCUGAAUUGAUCUUUAUCUUCUUGUGA